CCUAUUACCUCCCAGAGCAGCCAGAGUCUCUGGCCUUUAAACAUCAGUUACAGCUCUGUUGAGGCUCUCUGGUUUUAUUAGAGACCCUGAGGGAAAAUUCCCAAGUGUGAAACAGGACCAAGAAGCAAGAUGAUGUGGGAUUGGGAUGACAGCAACAGUUCAUAUACAACUAGUACUUCUGAAUCAGAGGCCAUGUCCCUGUCUUGUUUCUUUAACCCUCAUCAUGGCUGUCUAUUGCAAGCCAAUGGCCAUGGGGAAGUGUGGGCUGAUUGGAACAGCACGUCCAAGUUCUUCCAGUAUGGCUGGAGGUGUACCACCAAUGAGGACUCUUAUUCCAACAAAACCCUGUUGGGAAACUGGAACCAGGAGCGCUAUGACAUCCGGAAAGUGCUGCAGCCCAAACCUCUCCCCUCCCAGUACGGUCACUACUUUGAGUCCACCUACUCGAAGGACUAUUCCAAGGAAAUGCCUCACAGUACAAGGAGAGUUAUUCGAGAACCUCAUUGGUUCCCUGGACACCAGCCAGAACUGGAGCCUCCUCCAAUCAAACCGACUGCUCGGUCCUGCUACAUGAUAGAUUAUGAGCCUUCACGUUGCAGAGUACCCUGCCUGUUGGUUGAUGGGAAACCCAAGGAGCCAGAAGGGUCUCAGGUGAAGCAGUAAGGUUGGAAAGAGGCUGUCUUCAGCUUCAGGACAACUGGGACACCUGAAAAGGCCUUGAUCACAUGACCUGGUUGCUCCUUCCCCUCCCCAAGGACGUUCAGAAGCAAGGCUGUUGUGUGGCAAGUUGCAAACCAAGCCUGUAAAUAAAUGACUGUGCACCAGAAUGACAAGGAAAUUA